GGGCCAGUCCCUAGCUGGCAGGGUGAGCACAGGACACGCGUGCGCUCGUGUCCGCACACACGGUGCCUGGCACUGGCCGCCUCAGCAAGACGAGGCCGAGGGCACGGCCUGGCUGCGUGGCUCUGCGGCUUGGGUCGUCGUCACGCGCCAGCCCGCGACGUGGCUCCUGCCACGCUGCCCAGGGCGUCCCGCUCAGCGGCUGUCUGCCUGCUCUCCCCAGGUGACCUUCCAUGACGUGGACGCGCUGACCGAGAAGCUGUUCCCCAUCGUCGAGGCCAUGCAGAAGCACUUCAGCGCCGGCUCGGGCGCCUACUACAGCGACUCCAUCUUCUUCCUCUCGGUGGCCAUGCACCGCAUCAUGCCCGAAGAAAUCCACCGCGUGAUCCAGGUGGACUUGGACCUGAAGUACAAGGCCAACAUCCGGGACCUGUUUGAGGAGUUCGACAAGUUCCCGCCGGGAGCCGUCAUCGGGAUAGACCGGGAGAUGCAGCCGGUGUCCAGGCACACGUUCUGGCAGUACCGCCGGGAGAACCCGCGCACCAAGGUGGGCGACCCCCCGCCAGAUGGGCUGCCGGGCUUCAACAGCGGCGUGCUGCUGCUCGACCUGGAGGCCAUGCGCCGCUCCCCGCUCUACAACCGGCUGCUGGAGCCGGCCGCGCUGCAGGAGCUCACGGAGAAGUACCACUUCAAGGGGCACCUGGGGGACCAGGACUUCUUCACCCUGGUGGGCAUGGAGCAUCCCGAGCUCUUCCACGUGCUGGACUGCACCUGGAACCGGCAGCUCUGCACCUGGUGGAAGGACCAUGGCUACAGCGACGUCUUCCACCACUAUUACGCCUGCGAGGGCCCGGUCAAGAUCUACCACGGGAACUGCAACACGCCCAUCCCCGACGACUAGCACCCGCCCUGCCGCUGCCGCCGCCGCCCCCCACGGGGCUGGAGCUCACAGCGAGGGGUAGGUGGGGGCACCAGCACCGCGCCCCCUGGCCGCCGCGGGCACCUGGGCCACGGGACUGCCCCGUAACCCUUCCAUAGCCUGUAGCUUCACCCUGCAGGGAGGCAGAGUAACCUAGUGGUUAGCGCAGGACCCCAGGCAUCAGCCCAGCGCUGACCCUGGCUUACCUCGUGACCCUGGGCACAUUGCGGGGGCCCUUCGCAGCCUGGUUUCACUCCCUCUGAUUGGCACCGUUGCCCUCGUCCCAGCGCAGCCCUGAGGCCAGUUUACGUAACGAAAGCCUAGAGCCCCGUGUGCGCCGGGCCCACGUGCCUGACAGCUCCGCGGCGCAGCCGCUCGCCCGGCCAUUGCGCAGCACAGCCCGUCGCUGUCUGUCCGCGCCUGGGAACUGGGGCAUGGUGCCCGGUGUCAGCGCCCUCGGCGGGCCGGCCCCGGGUGGGGAGGGGUUGCGUGCACACCGAGCCGUGUUGGUGACGUAGCAGCGCUGCUGGGCUAUUGGGACCACAGGUGAGAUGGGAGCAUGGAAACUUGCCUCCCGUUCCCAGCCACAAAGCUUUACUGCACGGCUCCUCAGAGCCACUCGGUGCGCCUGGGCCUGGGCCUGGGCCUGGACCAGGAGCUUCCUUUGUCCAGCUUCCCCCAACCUUUUGUACGGCCGUGCAGCUGCACGGCGCCCUGCCCUUGUCGGCUUCCCGCGGCCUGAAGCUUCAGGCAAAUGGAUUUUGUAUGAAUAUUUUCUUUUCUUUCACUCUGGUUAGGAUGUAGCCAGCACACAGCUGUCGGGUAGGUACGGCACCGUGUCCUACGUGCCUCAGCCGUGUGCAGUUGCAGGAGUGUCCCCUGUCAGGCGCGUAAUAAAGUGUAUUCUCAUCCAUUAUUAUCCUUACGUGUGCG